AAAGGAGUAGAACAAGAACAAGAAAAAUAAUAGUGAAAAAGGACAAAACCCUCAGCAAAACCCUUUCUUGAACUGUGACAGGUGAAAGCCCUAACUCUGGAAUUUGGUGGGUGGCUGCAAUGGCUUCUCGUUAUAGAUCUGUUUCGCAACCAGCAUUGUCCUUUAUCAAAUCCACCAUCACCAAACCAGCUUCCAAGCCCACACCCUCAGCUUUUCUCCUCAAAACUCGUUCUCCGGUUACGGCCAGGUGGGUGGGUGGGGAGCUCGGUUGCCUGCAGUCGCUGCUUCCGCUGCACUCGGCGGUGUCGUCGGCGCGCCUCACUUCUUGUCUAGGCAUCGAUUCGAGUAGGUCGAGGUCGUUGUCCCAGGGUAUGCUCUGCAGUGCCAACCCCGGAGUUUGAUUUCUCCAAUUCUUUUUACCGCUUUCUUCUCUGCAACUUGCUGUGUCUAUAUUUUAGCAAAACAAGAGGACGUUGCUAUCAGGUUAUUUUUAACAUAUACAAGAUUGCAGUUUUGCUUUGCGAGUGGCCUGUGAGCUAAUGUUAAUCAUAUGUCGUCGUAAACAACUGAUAAUCUGAGGGGAAUAAAAAACUAAAAAAUACUGACGUACUCUUGUGUCAGAGGCUCCUCGCAUAUCCAUUGUCCUAUAUAAGAUUGUAGCUUUGCUUAGGGAGCGGCCUCAAAACUACUGUGUCCACAUUCAUAUUGAAGAAUUGAUAGGAAAGUAAAUAAAGUGAAUUUUAGUGGCAUUAAAACAGUAGGAGCAAUGAAAUUUAUAUUUGCUGGAGAAUAUCAUCACUUUACAUUGUGAUAGUUUAUUCUAUGUCCAUUGUUCGUAAUAUUUUUGUGAUUUUCUUUUAUUAUUUUCUCACUGAUUCACACUGUGUAGUAGUUGGAUUGCGUUGUACCACUAAGACUGUCUUUGAAUUGGAGUUUAUAAACUUGAUUUUUAAUGAACAUUCUUUUCUAAAAUUGAUUUUGGUUAAAAUGGGGAAUUGGGUGGAUGGAUUCAUGUGUGAGUUUGAGUGAACUCACAAAAGAGUUUUUGAAGUGAAGUGAUUUAUGUUUGGCUAUUUUUAUUCUAAAAGCUGGUUAGUAGUAAAACUCUAAAUUUUUUUAUCCAAUACAAAAGCUUUCUAAAGUUACCUCAACUCAAUUAAUGUUGGCCCCGUAAUCAACAACUUGAAGUUAGACUAAACAUAUGAACAUUUAUCUAAAAUUACACCAGUUGUUAUUGCAACAUGAUUUUGGAUGGUUCAAUGUGAAUCCGAAUGCGCACUAUAUUUGGAAACAUUUAUUUGGCAAAUGACUUUUUUAUGAUGAAUGUUGUCUGGAUAGUGUUGAUAAGAAGUUACUUUGAGAUCUAUAUUUACUAUAAAGGAUACUAUUUUUGUUUGAUAUUAUUGAAACAGUAAGAUAAUAUCAAGUUAAUAGGAAUUUUUUUUAUCAAUACACCGAAGCCAGAUUUUACUCAAUGCAAAAGCAGCCAAAAUGUUGCUUCCAGGUUGAGGGGCUCAAAAGACUCAAGAAGUUUGUGUUCUGAAUUUGUCAAAUGAUCUUUGGACCUUUUAAUGCAAAACAUAUCCUACAACCUGAGCUAUAGCCUCUCCAACACAAAAACAAACACUCCAUGAGUUGUUUGUGCUUGUUGACUGUCACUUUCGAAGCUCAUGCAUAUGAACCUGGAAAUCCUUGAUUUAUCCAUUGCAAAGUGCACACAUGCUCACCACCAAGUUGCCAUUCCAAAUCCCCUCAUUGUUGCCCUUGAAUCUGAGGAAGAACCGAUUACUUAGGUUGUAUAAUUAAGGAUAUGAUCUGUACCUAAAUGAUAUCAAAGUACGUACCAAGCUCUGAGCUUUGAUUCAUAUUAUUGCAUUUAAUUUUUCCUCUUGGGUAGAACUUCUGUACAUAGAAACUCAUCGUAGUGAAUAUUCACCUUUCUGCCA